GAGUCCACAUGUGUAUAUAAUACAAACCACUUGUUCGAUACCCGGCCAGAACAUACACUAUAUUUAUGUAUGAUUAGUUAGUUAUAAUUUAGUUCAUGUGGCCUGGGAAAACAAAUUAAAGCAGCUUCAAUUCAGUUGCUACCUUAGUCCCCAACUACCUGUUUUUCGCUAGUUUUUUUCAGUAUCGUUAGAUUAUAUUUUGAUCUAAUAGUUAAGUCAUAGAGGCAGGCUGGGAAUAAUGGAGAAUGAAGACGGAAAGGGUAACAACGUUAACGGGCUUGUCUCCGUUGAAAACCCGAAAUCACAGAGCCGCCUUGGGCGGUUGUUUCAACGGCAAUGCUACCCGCCGCACUUUCUCAACAAGGUGGUUGCGGAGGUCAUAGCGACGUAUUUGUUGGUGUUUGUGACGGCGGGAUCGGCGGCCAUUAGCGCCAGCGACGCGCACAGAGUGUCGCAGCUAGGAGCGUCCGUGGCCGGUGGCCUCAUCGUGACGGUGAUGAUAUAUGCCGUCGGACACAUCUCCGGCGCGCACAUGAACCCCGCCGUCACCUUUGCCUUCGCCGCCUUCCGACAUUUUCCAUGGCGACAGGUACCAUUCUAUGCGGCGGCACAGGUGACCGGAGCAACAUCGGCGGCGUUCACUCUCCGUGUAAUCUUAAACCCCAUUAGACGUAUCGGCACGACAACGCCGUCGGGGAACAACUAUGUUCAAGCCCUAAUCACGGAAAUCGUUGUCACGUUUUCUAUGAUGUUUGUCACCUCCGCUGUCGCCACAGACACCAAAGCUGUAAGACAUCUCUAAGCUUUUAGCUGAAACGAAACACAUUAUUUUUUUAACUGAAUUUUUCAGGUCGU